UUCUCAAAAUGGGUCGUCCAGCGCCGUCCAAGGGCGCUGCUUGGGGGAAGCACUACUUCAUCCUUGGCAGCAUCGCGCUCCUCGCGCUCUGCGGCUACCUCAAUGCGACCUUCUACAUCCAGAACCAGUCGACGUCGCAGCUGCGCCACCAUAAUGGCGGCUACCACAAGGCGACGUCCGAGAUCCCGCACCUCGUCUUCACGUCGACGUGCGCCAAGCGCGACGUGGUCCGCGCCAAAGUGUUUGCCUUUACGCUCCGCGACGUUGGCUUUAAGGGCCAGGUCACGCAUGUCCUGCACAACUGCGGGUCGCCCGAGUACCACGCGAUCUCGGGCAAGGCCAACCCGUACAACGUCACGUACUUUCACUCAACCGCCGUCAAGGGCUCGACCGCCAAGGAGCUCAACCCGGCGGCGCUUCUCGCGUGGCUCGACACGGUGACGUUGCCGCCCAACGAAUUUGUCGCGAUCUUUGAGGUCGACUCGAUCUUCACACGGUCGCUCGACCUGCCGACGCUGCUGGCCGGCGCCAACACGAUUGAGAACCCGACCGCUAUCGCUCAGGAUGCGGCUUGGUACGACGCCGACGAGCCGGCCAAGAUCAUGCCCGUCGAGCUCCUCGAGAAGGCGGUGGGUCUUGCCUCCAAGGCGCUGCAGGUGGAGGACUGGCGCGACUUUGCCGUGCACGCGCCACUAGUGCUCCACGCCAAGCACAUUGGCCCCGUCUUUGAUCGCGUCGUCGCCAUCGCGCCGCAGCUGGAUACCAAGCACAAGCACUUGGCGUAUGCGCUGGCGAGCGCCGAAGUCGACCUGCGCCACGGCGUCACGGGCAGUCUGCGUCUCUCGCGCUACAACUCGUUUGCGGAAAACUGGAACUUUGUCGACGUGACGCGGUACAACCCCGCGAACGCGACCAUUUCGCCGUCGUCGCCGGAGUACCCGAUCUACCCGUUCUCGCUGCGCACGGCGACGCUGAGCUUGCCGCUCUGGGCCGGCGGGAAGGCCUUCAACAUGAUUGACACGCUUGUGCCACUCGACUUUUUCGACUGCAACGCGUGGCUCCUCGAGCCGCUCCCACUCUCCAUGUGGUAUUAUGCCCAGAACACGUUUGGGUGGGAAGGCCUCUCGACGAUCCUCCGGACGCGCCACACGGUCGCCGUCGCGGCCGCCUACCGCGCGUACAACCGCGCCGCGCUCGACCACAAGCGCCGCAGCUGCAAGGCGGGCUUCAAUGAGAACGCGCGGCUCUCGCUACUCCCCGAGAAUCCCCUCACGUCGGCGGUCUCCAAGGCCGCGCACCUCAGCGGCAACGAACCGGCGACGCCGACGCACCACGAUGCGCUCCAUUUUGUCUUUGCGUCGGGCUGCGCGGCGUCGGACCAUGUGGCCGCCGACUUGCUCGCGCAGUCGUUUGCGCGCGUCCAGCAACCCGGCCAACUCACGCGCCUUGUUUCGGGCUGCACGACCGCAGAGCAAGUGGCGCAGGUACGCACCCGCACGCCGCGCGCCAUGACCGUGCACUUUAUCCCGACGCCGAUGACGACUGUCGACGCGCUCAACGACUGGCUCGCCAAGUCGAACGUGCCGCUGGCCGCCGACGCCACCAUGGUGCUCCUCGCCUCGGACUUUGUGUUUUUGCGCGCGUUCCGGCCGGACGGGGACAUUCCGAUCGUCUCGACGCUGGCGAUGGACCCAGAAGAGCAAGACGAGACGCUUUUCGAGGUCAUCAACGGCUUCAAGCAGGCCAAGCCCGUCUUCCUCAACACGGUGGGCGCCGCGACCGCGACCAAGCAGCUCGGCGGCUUUACCAUCAAGGACAACAUUGUGCUGGCGCAGAAUUCGAACGCGCACUUGCAGCUCUCGGCUGCCGACGCCGCCGCGCUCUGCCCUACCUGCAAGGUCUCGGACCCUCUCGAGCAGCUCAACAUUGGCUUUCCGUACGUCGUGACGAUGAAGACGCUCAAGACGAUCAUCAACGACGCGGCCUCGCUCGCCGCCGCGUACAUCAAGCGCCAGCCGGGCGCCGGCGGCGUUGCGUCAGCCGCGGGGCUGAGCCUUGCGCUCCGCAAGCACGACAUUGACGUCUUGCGCCUCGACAAUCUGCUCUUGGACGCCGCGUCGAGCGGCCCCGAGUGGCUCUUUGCGACCGCGCGCAUCAAGGUCAACAGCUUUACGACCAAGCACAAGCUCGAGAACCCGUGCGCGGAGAAGCUUCUCGUGCCGGGGCCUGCGCCGUGGUUCCUCCGCGCCCAAGGGUUUGUGCACGAGCAGUGGCGAUUCGACGCGACGCUCUUGCCCGACAAUGUCUUUGCGUGCGACAUGUGGCUGCUCAGCGAGCCCGGCGCCGAGGUGUGGGCGCAGGCGCUCGCGACCAAGGACGACGCUGUCAUGCGCCACACGUACGGCAUUUGCACGGGCAUCAAGACGCUCAACGCGCUCCUGGAAGACGCAAGACGCGACGCGUGUCGCGCGGGCUACAACCGCAACAAGCAGCUCCAGCUCGUCUCGCCGCGCGGCGACGCCAUUGUCCGUGUCGGCCACCAGUCGGCCGUCUAAGUCGCUACGAAGAACUACAGUAGUCUGGUAGUAGAUGAGAUCAGUAGAGGAGGUGCAACCGUUGCUGCGGCCGUACCAACGCCAUUUGAUUCAUUGUUCCA